GGCCGGAGGAGGGGCGGGCCCGCCCGCGCGGAGCCGAGCGGAGCCAAGCGGCCGAGGCUGGGCGCGACCCGGGCCAGCGUAGGCGCAGGAGCGGGCGGAGCCGAUCGCGGGCUAUGCUGAGGCUGACGGCCGCCGGGGCCCGAGCCAUCGUGGACAUGUCGUACGCCCGUCACUUCCUGGACUUCCAGGGCUCCGCCAUCCCCCCAGCCAUGCAGAAGCUGGUGGUGACCCGGCUGAGCCCUAACUUCCGCGAGGCCGUCACCCUGCGCCGGGACUGCCCAGUGCCGCUCCCCGGGGACGGAGACCUCCUCGUCCGGAACCGAUUCGUUGGUGUUAACGCAUCUGACAUCAACUAUUCUGCUGGCCGUUAUGAUCCAUCCAUGAAGCCCCCCUUUGACAUAGGUUUUGAAGGGAUUGGGGAGGUAGUGGCCUUGGGCCUCUCUGCUAGCGCUAGGUACACAGUGGGCCAGGCUGUGGCUUAUGUGGCUCCUGGUUCCUUUGCUGAGUAUACAGUGGUGCCUGCUAGCAUUGCCACUCCCGUGCCUUCAGUGAAACCUGAGUAUCUCGCUCUGCUGGUUAGCGGCACCACUGCAUACAUCAGCCUGCAAGAGCUCGGAGAGCUGGCAGAAGGGAAGAAAGUUUUGGUUACCGCAGCUGCUGGGGGGACAGGCCAGUUUGCCGUGCAGCUUGCAAAGAUAGCCAAGUGCCAUGUCAUUGGAACCUGCUCGUCGGAUGAAAAGUUAGCUUUUCUGAAAUCCAUUGGGUGUGAUCGCCCCAUCAACUACAAAGCAGAGCCUGUGGAGACAGUUCUGAAGCGGGAGUACCCUAAAGGUGUCGAUGUAGUCUACGAGUCUGUUGGGGGAGCCAUGUUUGACCUGGCAGUGGAUGCCUUAGCCACCAAAGGGCGUCUGAUGGUAAUUGGGUUUAUCUCUGGCUACCAAAGCCCUUCAGGACUUUCACCAGUAAGAGCAGGAGCUCUGCCAGCCAAGCUCCUGAAGAAGUCUGCCAGUCUCCGGGGGUUCUUUCUGAACCACUAUUUAUCCAAGUACCAGGCCGCCAUGGAACACUUGCUGGAGCUGUAUGCUCAUGGGGAAAUGGUCUGUGAGGUGGACCUGGGAAACCUGGCUCCAGAGGGGAGGUUCAUCGGCCUGGACUCUAUAUUCAGGGCUGUUGACUAUAUGUACACUGGGAAAAAUAUUGGGAAACUUGUCGUGGAAUUACCUCACAGUGUCAGCAGUAAGCUAUGACAUCAAUGACAAAGCAAAGGAACGCUCCAUGCCUUAGGAUGAACAUAGUAUUUCUUGAAACAAAAGUAUAGUGCUAAUGAGUUCUGCUCCCCGCUUUCCUUGGGGGUAAAAAUAACGUGCCUCAAUAAAAGUUCUCUCUAUAGCUAAGA